GUACUUAAUUCCUCGUAUCACUUAUCCAUGUGAUUUCGUAUGCAUGGCAUUUAGACGAAACGAAUGGAUUAGCGGGAGCCAUCAAAAGCCUGACGGAACUCAUGUAUAUUGUUUUCAAAAGAAGAGCCGCAAUUGACGUCUAUCAAUGGAAGCGAGCCCCAAAGACAAGUAGAGAAGUAAGAACAAUGCACUCUGUUCGGAACCAGCCGGACCUAAACCAACACGUCUUAGCAAUACUUGCAAAAUGCAAUCACCUCAACCAUCUCAAGCAACUUCAAGCCUUUCUCACCACCCUUGGCCACAGCCAAACACAGUUUUACGCCUUUAAGCUUGUCCGCUUCUGCGCUCUCUCUCUCGCCAACUUUUCAUACGCUCGCUUCAUCUUCGAUCAUCUCCACUCUCCCAAUGUCUAUCUCUAUACUGCUAUGAUUACUGCCUACGCGUCUCGGCCCGAUCAUGAAUCGGCAUUUGUAUUGUACCGCAACAUGGUUAGUAGGGGACGCCCUCCGCCCAAUCAUUUUGUCUAUCCACACGUCCUGCAAUCUUGUCCCGAGGCGUGGGAAUCUCAUGGCACUAAAAUGGUGCAUGCCCAGAUUUUAAAAUCAGGUUUUGGUCGAUAUUCAGUUGUGGAAACCGCUCUUGUUGACUCGUAUUCGAGGAUUUGUUCGGAUAUCAUUAGUGCGAGACAGGCGUUUGAUGAAAUGUACGAUAAAAAUGUUGUCUCAUGGACUGCUAUGAUUUCUGGGUACACCCGACUUGGGGAGAUUGGUAAUGCUAUAUCAUUGUUUGAAAAAAUGCCGGAUAGAGAUGUCCCGGCUUGGAAUGCUGUUAUUGCAGGGUGCUCUCAAAACGGCCUUUUCCCCGAGGCAAUUUCACUCUUCAGAAGAAUGAUCAAUUUUGCACUGGAGGGACAGCAUCGAGGUAAUAGGCCGAAUCAGAUUACAGUUAUUUGUGCGCUCCCAGCUUGUGGCCAUACUGGCAUGCUCCAGCUUGGUAAAUGGAUACACGGUUAUGUUUACAAAAAUAGGAUUAAUAACAACACACUCAUCUCAAAUGCUCUAGUAGAUAUGUAUGGGAAAUGUGGGAGCUUGAAAGAAGCAAGAAGAGUUUUUGACAUGACCUCGAAAAAAACAGUGACCUCAUGGAAUUCCAUGAUCAAUUCUUUUGCUCUCCAUGGACAAAGUGAGAGGGCAAUUAACAUGUUUGUGGAGAUGAUGCAAUGUGAGGAUGAUGUCAGACCAGAUGAGGUUACAUUUGUUGGCUUGUUGAAUGCUUGUGCUCAUGGAGGACUGAUUGAAAAAGGCCUUUCUUAUUUUGAAUUGAUGACUCGGGAUUAUAGGAUUGAGCCCAAAAUUGAACAUUUUGGCUGCUUGAUCGAUCUUCUAGGUCGUGCAGGUCGAUUUGAAGAAGCCAUGGAAGUUGCUAGGAGAAUGAGUAUGGAACCUGAUGAGGUUGUUUGGGGUUCUUUGCUUAAUGGAUGUAAGAUUCAUGGUCGCACAGAUUUGGCAGAAUUCGCAGUCAAAAAGUUGAUUGAAAUUGACCCAAAUAACGGUGGUUAUGGUAUAAUGCUGGCCAAUAUAUACGGAGAGCUGGGGAGGUGGGAUGAGGUUCGAAAGGUAAGGAAGAAGUUGCAGGAGCAGAGUUCUUAUAAAACUCCAGGUUGCAGUUGGAUUGAAGUUGACAACCAAGUUUAUCAAUUUUAUUCUGCUGAUAAAUCGCAUUACAAAACAGAAGAAAUAUACAAAAUUUUGGAAAGUCUACUUGAUUUUGUUAUUUUGAAGUGAGGUCGGCAACGGUUCUCUCUCUUAUUCAGUUCGCUACUCUUCUCUCUACAACUAAGAGGAGAUGGGAGUGGGAGCAAAGAAAUUAUCGCUAUCUGCAUCAGAGUGCAUGGAAGCUCUGAUUG